AUGAAUUCUAAGAUACUGGAGGUGCUGAACCUGAUCGACGAGAAGUCGUUCAAGAAAUGUGAAAAGGUUAUAGCAGCGGGACUGAAGGCAAAGAAGAAUGAGAAGCUGUACCUGUUGUUGAAGUGCCUUCUUCAUUCUCACGUGAAUGAGAUAGACAAGUGUAAGCAGAUAUUGGAGACACUGGAAGUAGAUGACUCCGAUGAAAAUGCGUUUUACAUAUUAAGAACCAUAUACACAAAUUUGAAUGAGGGUGAAAAGUUAAUCCAUUUGUAUGAGGAGAAAUUGAAGAAGGCAGAAUCGGGUAACAAGAGUCUGAGUAUCACCAAUGGCAGCAGCGGUAACGUUGGGAGCGCCAUCGUAAGCAGGAGCAAUCACAUCAACGCCAGCAGUAACAGCGUCAGUACAUAUAUCAGCAGUAACAACAUGAGAGUUGCACAAAAGGAAAAAGUGGAUGUGGAAAGGAUUCUAAGGAACCUUUUUGAUUACUGCCUAAAUACGAGUUUUUUCAAAAAAGGAAGUAAUUUGUCUUUAAAAUUGUAUAAGCAGACAAACGAUUCAAAGUAUCUCCUGUACAACAGCUACCUCCUCUACAUGAACAACUCGAACAACAACACACAAAUCUACAACUUGGCACUUAACUUUUUAAAAAAUUAUAAAUGUUACGGUAACAAUAAAGUCACAGAAAACUUUUCCUUUUUUUUAGUGUUUUUUUUUAUUAACAUAAAAUUGAGAAAUUAUGAAGAGUGCAUAAAGAUAGUGGAAUACGCAAAGAGCAACAAUUUUUUUCUCAACCCAUUGCAAUACCAGGUGUACAAACUCUACGUACAAUUUAUUUUCAACAAGCUAGAUAAUUGUAUUGACGUUUUAGCAGAACUGAUAAAGGAGCUCCCAGAAAACACUGACUACUACAUCCUCUACAUUGACCUCAUCAUUUAUCAGCUACACAAACAUAACCCAGACAUGGAGGUCGAGAAUGUUUUCAAUUUGUACAAAAACGAUUUGAUGUACUUGGAGUUUUUUCAAAAAUGCUUCAUACAUAUGUGUGUUCAGAAGGUUAAGGCGUUCCCCGAGAAUAUUCAUACCUUUUGGAACUGCAUCGUAGAGGACGGGUCGGACGGAUCGGACGGGUCGGGGGGUUCCCAUAGCUACUACAAAGAUGUGAUGAAUUUGGUUCUUUCGAUGGACCAGGUGAAUGUCAGCACGGUGAACGAGGUGGGAAAUGGACAAAACGAGAUGGGAGGUAGCGGCGCAGAUGGGGAAAGUGGCCUGAAUGAUUUCGGAAGUGAUAAUAGUGAUGCAGGAAGUAGCCAUCACGAGGGGGGAAACAAACGAAAGGGUAGGCGGGAAUGCCACAAACCCUUCGAAAGCAUAAUGAACAAAUUGGAGAGCCUAAUAGAGGACUACAAAAAUGAUGUUCUGAAGAUCUAUAAGAAACACGACGUGAAGGUGUACCUCUACAUGUUACUCUCCUUUGUGCUAAAAGAAAGCAGAAAUUAUAACAUGUUUUAUUCAAUUAAAAAUCACCUUAGUCUUUUGAAGGACGACAUGAUAGCUAUCCUCAUCGUAUUCGUGAAAAUCAUUUUGAAAAAACUAUACGUAGCAAUUAGCACCGAAAUGAAGGCACUAUCGAUGGGAAAUUUCCCUCGAAACGAAUUGAAGAAAGAAAUACAAAAAAAUAUUUUAUUGUUCUACAAGCAAAUUUACAACUUUGAAAAGCUCCUUUAUGUGUUGUAUAAAAAAGAUGUGCACGAAUCUUUCAAUCGAAUUUUUUCCAUGUUCAUUCAAGUGACCAACAAUUUGGACUUAAAACUUCGGGAUGAUAACUUCGUUGUUCUGUUGGUCGAAAUGGCUUUAUACUUAGACAAGUACAACCUCUGUGAACCUGAGCAGAAGAGCAGCUUUGACGAGGCUGUGACACACAUGCACAAUUUGGUGAACAGCAGAUGUGACGAGUUGAACCUCGGAGGGUGCAAAAAUGUCGAUGAAUUCCUUGGCCCCAUUGGUUCCUACGAGUGUGCAGUAGUGGAGGGUCAAGAAGGUUCCAAUGCGACGAAUGGAGGAACUCCACAGGGAAGCAACUCAGAAGCGUACCACAUCCCGAAUGUCCAAAACGGAAGUACCACCAUUUUUGAGAUCAAUGAGGAAGGGAAAAAUGAAAGGGACAUCCAUUUAACAAACAGGAUGUAUUACAUUGCCGCCCUGAGUGUUCUAAAGUACUCAUACAAUUAUCGCAUCCGCAUGACGGAGAAGGAGAAUGAAGAGAAGAAAGUAAAACCGAUUCUAAAUAACGACUAUAUAAAUGUACUGGUCCUGAUGAUCUACCUCAACAACGUGAUUGGAAAUUUCACCAAUUUAUCAAACCUAAUUGAUAAGCUGAACAUAAAGAAUAUCCAAUUGAUCACCUAUUCCUACUUUAGCUAUGCUGAAAAUUUGCUAAAAAAUAUUUUGAACUAUUACAAUGUGCAGCAGGGAAAUUUGAAGAACUCAGUCAGCAAGUGCUUUCAAAAUAAUUCUGUAUUUAAGGUGAACGAAAUUGUGAAUGCAUAUUUUUUGAAUUCCUCGAAUAUCAUUUUUUAUUUUAUUAAGUUGUUAUACAUUUUUAAGAAGCAGCUGGAGGCAGCGAGGGGUGGGUUUCACUUCAGCAUGUUUGGAAGUGUCAAAAAGGACUACGCAAUUCAUAAUGAGUACUGCACGAAGUUUCCACCUAUGAAGGAGAUUUCCAAUGGCAGGAGUAGAAGUGAGAAACCAAGUGGGGCGAGUAAGUCAGCCAACGGAGAUAUCGCAGGUGCUAAGGGGGAGGCCCCCAACUCGAGCAGUACGAAGGGUAAUCCUGGUGAUAAUGGGCGUAGCAACACCUCCAUGAGCAAUUGCCCCAUUAGCAACGAAUUCUUCAAUAUGCUAAAACGACUGAAUGAAGAUAUCCUGCAGGAGGAGCAAGACUUUAAGAGUAACUACUCCAAGUUGAUGCUAAACAAGUUUAAUUUCCUCACAAUAGACAACCAAACGAUUUUAAUAAAAUAUAACGUCCCCUCCUUCCGGUUCACUCUUUACAAAUCGUAUGACACUUUCUUUUACAACCACAUUUUGUACGAGACGUUGAACCCGUUGGAAGAGUUUCAAUUCUUGAAGGACAUCAAAAUUUUAAACACAACCGAAGCGAAUAGUGUCAACCUGCUGAAGGAUAUUAAGACAGUGUACCCAAUGAUAUUGCUGUCCAACUUUUACAACUUGAAGGGCAGCGUUUAUAUAACUAGUCAUGAAAAUAUACUUGGUUGUAAAAACAUGGGAGAUGUUCUUCACUAUAGUGAUAAAAACGUUUCGCAGGAAUGUGCACAGAGUAGUAACGAAGUGCCAUUUGAUAAGAUCAAAGAGCAUGCGAGCUACAGCAUGAACGACCACGAAAUUGACUUUUUCAUAAACAAUAAUAUUUAUGUAAGUUUCGACAAGGAUAACUACAAUUACCGCAAUAAGUUUAUCUUCAAAUCGAAUAAACCCAAGUUCCAAUUUAAUGAAAAUUCCUUCUCGUCUCCCUUCAAUAUUUGCCUAACCGAGCUGUUUAACUACCCCAUCCAAACGCUCUAUUUAAAUGCAAUUAUUCUAAAUACAGUCAUGUAUUUGUUUCAUAAAUCUUUUAAUUACUUAUCCGUCACGGAUGAAGUCAGGAAGACGAAAUUGAUCAGUAAGGCCAAGUGUGCCUUUCUUUAUCUCACCUAUAUUGUCUCUUAUUAUCAGUUAACAGAGGGCCUAACCAAUGGGGACCUUCUAUAUAUGCAAAAAGAAUUGGAUGACUUCACCGUGGGGACAGAUAUGUCCCACUUUAAGAGGGAAAACGAUCCUGUGAAGAAUGGCGAAGGAGCAGUUCCCAACCAAGUUACCUCAUCUGUUGAAUCCCCCACCCGUAAUGAUAAAAAAACAACGGGAAAAGAUUACAUCCCAAUCGACCCCCUCUUUAGAAAGAAAUAUGGACAAGAUGUUUUCAAAAAGUACGAAAUUAUGCAAGCCGCUUACCACAAUGAUAUGUAUAGCAAAAACUCCGCUCUGCAUUAUAAAAGUGUAUUGCUAAAUUUGAACAUGUAUAUAAGAAUCCUUGCUGGAGAUAGUAACGUGAAGGAGUUCACCGACAAGCUGCAAUUCUUGGAUAAUAUUAUUUACCUCAACGUGUCCAACGAAUUAAAUAUCUUCAAGCAAAUUUUAGAAAAGGACAACUCAUAUCAGAUUAUAAACAUGUCAUGUUUGUUCAAGCAAUACAACUAUCUUGUACACAAUGUUACCAUCUUCACCUUAAUAAUUCAGUCCCUUUACAACCAUGGUAAAAAGAAAGUCUCUAGUGAAAAUAACAUGCUUAUCAAAAGUUACCUCAUGAGAAAGGUUGCACUGUUGUGCGAUGUGAAUAAAAACUUGCUUUCUCUUUCCGAGGUUCUAGACAACUACAAGCCUGUGAAAGCGUCAGAAGUUUUGAAAAAGUUCGAGUUGGAGUUGGCGGGCGAAAUUGCCGCCUCGUGCAAGCAGCAUGUUUUGAAUUUGUACAAUUUGUUCAACGGGAAGAUGCUCAUUAUCAAGUCAUACGUGUGA